AUGAUGGCAACCGCAUUCCCCAAAGGUGUCACCAAAGUGCACCACUCGAGCCACUCAGCCAAGCAUAAUCGGUAUCGAAAGCCCUUGGUGACGAAAGCACGGAUACAAGAAGAGACUCCAUCAUCCAGAAUAAAAGCCUACCUCUCCCAAACCAAAACCAUGCCAAUAGAAUACCGCAAACCCAAAGAGGAUGACCUUUCAUCCUACGAUGUGGAGAUUGUCAAAGUGAUUCGUUCCAAGAAUGUGGACCGAUUGCGAGAAAUGUUUUUGAGUGGGAGAAGUAUGAAUGCUUGCAAUCAAUUUGGUGAAUCACUGGUACACAUGGUUUGCCGAAGGGGGGAUUUGAAGAUACUGAAAUUUAUGAUCGACGAAGCCAAGGUUUCCUUUUCAAUAAAAGACGACUUUGGAAGAAACCCCUUUCAUGAUGCCUGUUGGACACCCGAGCCAAACAUGGCAAUGAUGGACCUGUUGAUUGCGUCAGCUGACACCUCCUUAUUGCUAUCAGAGGACGUCCGCGGCAACACACCUUUUGACUAUGUCAGAAGGGAACAUCAUAAAGCAUGGAACGACUAUCUGGAAAAACAUAGAGAAGACAUCCUGAAAGGUCUCAACCGUGCUUGA